AUGGGCCUCCAGCUCGCCCAUCUGAUCCGUCAGCUGUGUGACCCUGCUCUGCACCAAUCACGAAGGGUAGUUGGAGAUCUUGAUCUUCUUUGUGAUGAAGACAAGAAGCUUUUAUGGAAAUGGAAUGGCUCUAGACCCAGGAAGACCAAUGCUUGCAUCACUGAUCUCUUCGCCUAUCAAGCCAGGAGACGCGGUCCCUAUUGCGCUGUGCACGCAUGGGACGGAGAGCUGAGUUACGCUCAGCUUGAUGAAAUGUCAACCCAACUAGCGGCAUGGCUCAUCCAUAUUGACGUUGCAGGCCCGCGGCGCAUCGUCCCUAUUUGUUUUGACAAAACGAUGUGGACGACCAUCACCCUCUUAGCCGUCGCAAAGGCGGGAGGUGUCUUCAUAAUGCUGGACCCCCAUCAGCCUUUUGGUCGCUUGAAGAGUAUCAUGCAGCAGAUUCAAUCAACCACAAUUCUUGCGCGGCAUGAUACGGCCAAGCUGGCUCGGUCCUUGGCUGAAAGUGUCAUAGUCGUGGAUGAAGACCUUCUACAACAUAACAGUGAUAUCUCGUCCGUUGAGAUCCCAGCCUUAUGCGGCAAAAUUUCUCCCUCCGACCGGCUAUACAUCGUUUUCACAUCUGGUAGCACCGGACUUCCUAAAGGUGUCACCAUCUCGCAUGCAAAUCUCUGUACUGGAGUCGGACACCAGGCAAGGGCGAUAGGUUUUGAUACUGGAGUUCGCACCUUUGACUCUUCGUCAUACAGCUUCGACGCCUAUGUCUUUAACACUUUCCAUACUCUCCUCACCGGUGGAUGUCUGUGUGUCCCAUCAGAUGACGACCGCAUCAACAACUUGCAAUCGGCACUGCAAUCGAUGGAGGUCGAGUUUGUGCAGCUCACCCCUUCUACCUCCCGUCUUCUAGACCCGAGCAAGCUCCCGCGUCUACGCACGCUCCUCCUCACAGGAGAGAAGAUUAACCGCAAUGUGCUUGAGCCAUGGCUAGAGACUGCGGGCCGAGUGCGCGUCAUUAACGCCUACGGGCCAUCUGAGUGCACAAUAAUGUGCGCGGCAAACCGCAAUAUCAACUGUAUCGAAGACGCUGAGAGCGUCGGAUUCCCACUGGGUGCAAAUCUUUGGAUUGCUGAUGUUCACAACAUCCAUCGUUUGGCACCAGUGGGUGCAGUAGGCGAGCUGCUUAUAGACGGCCCCAUUAUUGGCCAAGGCUAUUUCAGGGAUGAGAGCAAAACUCAAGAGUCGCUUGUCGAUAUACCCGGUGGUUAUUUACCAGGUAUCGCGUUAGCCCCGGAAGUUCCAAUCUUUCGUACGCGGGAUCUGGCAAGGUAUAAUGCAGAUGGAUCGAUCUCAUUCAUUGCUCGUGCCGACACGCAAAUCAAAAUCAACGGGCAGCGAGUUGAGAUUGGCGAGGUCGAAUAUCAUGUUGGUCAAUGCCUCCCAGAAGGUGUCGAUGCCAUCGUGGAUGCCGUGGAGUGGCCAUCAGGUCAGAAACAACUGCUCGCGUUCAUCUACUUGGGGCAGGACGACGGACUGCAGCUUUUACAGUUGAUCGAUAAACUGGACGAUAAAUUAUCAGAUCGAUUGCCUCAAUUCAUGAUCCCAUCCGCAUAUUUCCCACUGCGCACGAUCCCAAUGACGGCGACUGGCAAGACAGAUCGCAAGGCCCUUCGGCGAAUGGCACUGGUGGCACCCGAUCAGCUUAUGAACGUUCACACUCUACCGGAAACUGGUGAAACGUUACCGGCCCAAGAUCUAGAUCGAUCUAUGAACCCCGUGGAAAUGACAUUAAAAUGGCUCUGGGAGGAGGUACUGAACCUGAAUAAAGAUGCGCCCCCCAGUCUCGGUGAUAAUUUCUUUGCUCGAGGAGGUGACUCGCUAGCAGCGAUGAGACUUGUCACUGCCUUGCGCCGAGAAGGAUACAGUAAUAUCAACGUCGCAGACGUUUUUCAACAUCCACGUCUUUUUGAUAUGGCAUUAGUGAUGGAAAAGGGCCUUGGACAGUCUUUAGCCGUGCAAGAUGCGAUGCCGACGCCAUCAACACCGUUUUCUAUGCUACUUGGUGACACUCCCAGCGCGAAGUUGGUCGAUUUAGCUUGUGAAAAGGCCUCUAAGAUCUGUAAAUGCGAGGCGGUCGAGAUCGAAGACAUUUUCCCGUGCUCCGCUAUUCAAGAGGAGAUGGUCACAUUGGGGUCUCGUAACCCGAAAGACUUCGUCACCCAGGCCGUCUUCCCUUUGCCUCCAGGUGUUGAUCUAUUUCGAUUCCAACGUUCUUGGGAGAAAGUCACACAGUCGGUUCCCAUCGUCCGUACUCGUAUUGUUGAUACGAAAAUGGCCAUCGGUGAUAUUGCGGCCGACUAUGAUCAUGCCUUCUCCCAGGUCAUCGUCAGUGGCGACGUGCCGUGGACUGAAUACUCCGACCUUGACAAGUGCUUGCAAGCCGAGAGAGGAAAUGGCAUGGGACUGGGGGAGCCUUUGAUGCGACUCGGGAUUGUCGGAAAAGACAAGUCGAAGGAACAACAGUCCUUACGCCUUCAGGCAGUUCUUACCAUGCAUCACGCUGUCUAUGAUGGCUGGUCAAUGGAUCUCCUAGGCAAAAAGAUAGCCCGGGAGUACUAUGGUUGUGAAGUGUCGAGAGUAUUGGACGACAGUAUACUCCCGUAUCGAAACUUCAUUCAGCAUCUGAACUCUUUGGACCAUGACGUGGCCUCGCGGUUCUGGACUCGAUAUCUGAAGGACAUUCAUUUGCGCCCGUUUCCCAUUCUUCCGAUACCAAAUUACAGGCCAAAUGCCACAGCUUUGCAUAGCCACGUUAUAUCUGGAAUCGAAUGGACCAAGGCUACGGGCAUCACCGCGAGCAUCAUCGUACAAACUGCCUGGGGAAUGGUAUUGUCUAAGCACUCCUGUGCCAGCGAGGUAGUCUUUGGAGCGACGCUACUUGGCCGCCAAAUCCCCUUGGCUGGAAUCGAGCGAAUCGGAGGGCCGAUCAUUGCAACAGUCCCCAUGCGAGUCGUCGUGGACUGGGAUGGACAGAGUGCGCGUGAUAUCCUGCAGCGCAUGCAGGACCAGGCUGCGGAGAUGAUCCCAUUCGUCCAUCAUGGAAUCAAGCGCAUUCCCGGUGUCUCAGUCGGAGAUUCGAUCACCAGAACCCCCCUGUUUGAUCUGGGUGAUGGUCGAGACGAUAUCCAAGCCUUCAACACAUAUGCCAUCAUGGUUGAUUGUGUACUCGCUCGCGAUGGUUUACAUCUCCGUGCGAGCUUUGACGAGACAGUUCUCGGGAAGAAUAAAGUCCAGCAGAUGCUACGCGAUAUGGAGCAUGUUGUGAGGUCUCUCAUAUCCGAGUCUGAGAAGCCCAACAAGCUGCGGGAGAUGGGUGUCUUGACAGAGGAGGAACAUGCUCAGAUUGUCGAUUUCAAUCAAAAGGGACAGAUCUUCCAGAUGAUUGAGAUUGAAUCAUAUAUCAAAAAAUCCCUUCCUGAACAGGUAGUAGAUGCCGCGGUCGAUGUUGUCGAGCUUCCAACUCUCUCGAAGCAGCUGAUGGCAUUUGUCUGCCUCGCACAAUGUGAUGAAGACAGAUCUUCUCAAUCCGACACAAUCCUCUCUAAUCUUAUGGAAUUACUGGGUGAAAGGUUUCCUUCUCAUAUGAAACCCUCUUGUUUCCUUCCUCUUUCUAAAAUGCCAAGAUUGGAAUCAGGGGGUGUUGACCGUGAGGAACUGAGACACAUCGCACAACGGACACCGACAGACAAACUAGUGAAUCGCUCGACUCUGAUCUCGCUUGCGGCAAGCAACAAUGAUCCCCCAAGAACCCAAAAUGAGAUUCUCCUUCAAGGCCUGUGGGCAUCUACAUUGGGAGUGGAAAAGUCCUUGAUCAAGAGAAACACUUCCUUCCUCGCCCUCGGAGGCGAUUCUUUGAAAGCUAUGCAACUUGUCGCUGCCACCAGGGAGGCAGGAUUUACGCUUUCAGUUGCCAAAGUUUUACGCACCCCUCGCCUGUCAGCUAUGGCUGCACAAACCCUGAAAACACCUGCAGGAACACUGUCUUCGCUCACAGAUAGCGUCAAACCAUUCUCACUGCUUGGACAGAAUGUGACCAGAGAAUCUCUUGCAAUAGCCUGCAAUCUUCGGCCAGAAGACAUUGAAGAUGCUUAUCCGUGCUCACCAAUCCAGGAUAUGAUGCUGGUGCAUACUGCUCGGCGGGCGGGUGAGUUUGUCUCACGGGGCUACAUUCAUCUUCCAGCCCACGUUGAUAUUGCGCGACUGAAAGCAGCGUGGUUUGAGGCGAUUGCUGCGAACCCAAUCCUCCGCACGCGCAUCGUGGAGUUUGCAGGUCAAGGGCUAUUGCAGAUUGUGACAAAGCGUUCUCCUGUGUGGAUGGAGUAUGAUACCAUGGAGGAGGUACAGCAACUUCCUGUCGGUCUAGGAGAGCACCUACUCUGGUUCGCACUUGUGAGAUCUCAACAUGAUAUUGCGAUGGCAGAUUGUGAUGUCAGCCCCUGUGAUGAUGCCUCUGCACAAACUGCUGGAAAGGCGUCCAAAAAGAGAUCCUCAAACGCCACUCUAGUCAUGACUAUCCACCAUGGUGUCUAUGAUCGAUGGUCUGCUUCACUCAUUAUGAGGAUGGUUGAGUCCAUAUACCGUGGAGAAUCUGUCACACCCAAUCUGCUUCCAUACAACCACUUCAUCCAAUACCUUGCAAAGAACGUCCACACGGAAGAGUGUCAACAAUUUUGGGAGAAUUAUUUGGCAGAUUGCAACGUACCACAGUUCCCCGUUCUACCAAAUCCUCAAUACCGGCCAACAACCACAAGCAUCCGGAAGCGGAGACUUGAUUCCAUCGCAUGGCCUAUGGAAUUUACUCCGGCUACGGUAUUGAAAGCGAGCUGGGCCAUCCUGGUCUCUCAAUUCUGCAAUUUUGGUGAUGUUGUCUUUGGAUCCACUGUCAUGGGCAGACAAGCACCCCUUGCUGGAGUCGAGCGUAUCGCCGGUCCAACUAUUGCCACCGUCCCAAUUCGGGUGAAGAUAGACUGGGGCUCGGCGGGACUGCAAACGCUACUUCAAAAUAUACAGUCAGACGCGACUGGCAUGAUUCCAUUCGAACAGUAUGGUAUUGGUCGUAUACAACGACUUAAUCCAAUUGCCCAGCAGGCUUGCCAGUUUCAGUCUUUGCUUGUCAUUCAGCCACCAGAAGAUGUUGGCGCUGAUGAAAACACCAUCCUGAGGCUGCAACUCGGGGACGACGAUCUGAAAGGAGGGACCUACGCUCUUGUCUUGGAAUGUGUCUUGGACGACCCUUCGUCUUCUUCAGCGGGUGGGGUCUCGGUGCAUUUGAGCUUUGACGAGCAUGUCGUUGACCUCGACCAAGCAGAAAGAAUGCUAAAUCAGUUCGGACAUGUUCUCCAAGAUAUCUGCAAGCCUAGUGAGGCCAUGGAUGAAAGAUUGCUGUCGCAGCUUGAUUUGCUUUCGCACGUUGACAGACUACGGAUCUCGUCAUGGAAUGCCACAGUCCCACCGAAUAUUAAUCGCCGUGUGGAUCACUUGAUAGCCGAGCGUGUAGAAGCCUAUCCAGAUGCGCCAGCAAUCUGUGCCUGGGACGGCGAGCUGACAUACCGUCAAUUCUACGAGAAGGCUCGCCUGUUGGCCUACUGGCUCGUCGUUGACCAAGGCAUCGGGCCUGAGGUAGCAGUUCCUAUUUGUUGUGCGAAGAGCAUGUGGACACCUGUGACAAUGCUGGCUGUUAUAAUAGCAGGUGGAUGUGUUGCGACCAUGGAUCCGUCGCAAGCAGUAGACCGUCUACGCUCUAUUACUUCGCAGCUCAGCCCACGGCUGGUUCUUUCGUCAGACCCGACGAAGACCAUUGCCGAGCAGUUGUCUGAAGCCGUCGUGCAUGUCGUGGAUGAACGGCUGUUGCAUGGCAUUAUGGGACCUGACCUUGCCAAGGAUGACUCCUGGAUCCCCAUUAUUUCACCCGACAAUGCAGUCUAUGUGACAUUCACGUCUGGUAGUACCGGAGCGCCCAAGGGAGCUGUCAUCACACACGCCAAUGCCUGCAGCGCGAUGACCUACGUUGACCCCUUCAUUGGAUUCGACAAGACAACCCGUGUCCUGGAUCUGUCAUCAUACAGUUUUGAUAUGAUUUGGUAUGAUUUUCUUCACACGUUCUAUGCCGGCGGUUGCCUUUGCGUUCCAUCCGAUGACCAGCGCCAGAACAAUAUCAUCGGCGCUAUCCACGACCUGCGCGUCAACUAUCUUGACAUGACGCCUUCUUUGGCCCGAACUCUGGAUCCAACUUCGCUCCCCAUGAUCAGAAAGAUUACGCUCGGGGGUGAAGCCGUCCAAAUGGACGACGUUACCAGAUGGGGACCGGAGGUGGAGAUCCGCAAUUCGUAUGGUCCAUCCGAGUGCACGGUGUCCAGUACAGUCGCUCGCUAUGGAACGGAUUUUACGACCAGUGUCAACAUUGGCCCUCCACGGGGAUUGAAUGCUUGGGUCGUCAGCUGCCUUCAACCAGACAAACUGGUUCCUAUCGGGGCGGUUGGCGAGCUUGUCCUCGAAGGUCCAUUAGUGGGACGAGGAUACAUCAACAAUCCUGAUAAAACAGCCGCUGCGUUCAUUACCUCCCCCGUAUGGCUCCGAUGUGGAGGAGAAGCACUUGCCUCACGCUUGGAGGGUCGAUUCUACCGGACGGGCGACUUGGUGAGAUCCAAUAAUGAAGGGAUAUUGACUUAUAUCGGCCGCAUUGAUACUCAAGUCAAGCUUCGUGGACAGCGUGUGGAGCUCGAAGAAGUCGAGUACCAUGUUCGAAAACUUCUUCCAGAUUCUUUAUACGCAGUUGCAGCUGAAGUAAUCGAGAUAUCGAGCUUGCAAGACUCGGCUCACAAGUCCCAGCGAUUGGUCGUGUUUGUCUCGCCCACUGAUUCAAGCGACAGCAACAAGAGCCUUUCUCUAGAAGAACCUAUUCCAUUAUCUCCAGAGAUAGUCCAUGGCUUGACCAGGAAACUUACACAAAUCCUUCCUCUCUACAUGAUACCAACCGCUUUUAUGGUACUGCAGCAACUCCCUUUGUCGUCUGCAGGAAAGCUCAACCGCAAGAAACUGCAAGAAAUUGGCGCACGCGCACACUUGGAUACUAUGCACCAGAGAGGACCAAUGGAAGAGCCCAAAACAGACCAAGAGAGGGCCCUGAGGAAGUUGUGGUCAGAUGUACUUGAUAUAUCACCGGACUUGAUCAGCCGUCAAGAUAGCUUCCUUGAACUUGGAGGUGAUUCGAUCACUGCGAUCCGUCUUGUUGGAGCUGCACGAGCUAAUGAUCUGCCCCUAUCGGUCUCUGUCAUCUUCCAACAUCCGAUUCUCGAACGAAUGGCAAACAAGAUUACCACCACGAACGCUAUUUUGAAGACCAAUGAACAUGUCUCUGCCUCUUGUUCCACAAUCAAAUUGCUCCCGAACAUCGCCGAGAUUGCAAAGAAGAUAGGAUUCACGGAUGAUUUGAUUGCAGAUAUCCUCCCCGUCACAGAAUUUCAGCGCUAUGCCGUUCACUGCGCCUUCCAAAAGCCUCGUACAGAGUGGAAUUACAUGACCAUGUCUUUCAAGGAUGCAUCCGCUGCUCCUAGACUAAGUGCUGUCUGCAAAAAACUUGUCUCGUCACUCGAGAUUCUGAGGGUUGUUUUUAUGCCUUAUUCCUAUGAAGGCGAGUUUGUCCAACUCAUCUUGAACAACUCGGAACCCAAUAUUCAUAUCCAUUACACUCGAGACAAGUCUUUGGACCAGGCAGUCGAGGAGGUUUGCGAGAACGACCUCCGGGGGGACAUUCAACCCGGCUCGGUCUUCGUGAACUUCUUUAUCCUCCAAUCAGAGCAUAGUGACGAGACUCGACUGCUGAUGGGGAUCUCUCACGCUCUUUAUGAUGCAAUCAGUCUUCCACGGAUAGCAGAGUACAUCAGCUCACUAUACUAUGGUUAUCCAGUGCCUCCUGUGUCUGACUUCUCGCUCUUUGUUCGAGUCCCCGUUCCUCCCUCUGCGUUCAAUUACUGGCGUACGCUGCUACAGGGUUCCUCGAUCCCCGUCUCGGUGGUUGCUGACCAAAGCACAGUGCAGAAACCAGGGAGGCGCAGCGAACUACGCAAGAUUGUAGAAUUCUCACAUUCUUCGAAAGAGCUAACGGUCGCGACAAUCUUCACAGCAGCCUGGGGCUUCGCUCUAUCUCAGACAACUGGCAAAAAUGACAUCGUCUUCGGCCGCGCGGUAUCGGGACGCGCAAAUUCUUCACCCGAUAUAGAUAUCGAGAAUGUGAUUGGCCCCUGUCUGAACCUUGCUCCCGUUAGGGUGAUAAUCCCUUCGACAGGCCUGGGUGUAGCGCCCACGACAACAGAUACAAAAGCUAUCAUCCAUUCCCUUCAGUCUCAGUUCAACGACUCGCUUGAUCACGAAACAGUCGGGUUGUCUGAGAUUGUAAAGCAUUGUACAGACUGGCCUUCUGGGGUGAGAUCAUUCGGCGCAGUCAUCUACUUUCAAAAUAUAAGGGAGCAGUCACACAACACAAGUCACGACAUUCAUCUCCAGCCAGUUAUGUUAGAUCGACCAGAUCCCCCAGAGCCGGCGCGGCUCAAUGUCUUGCCCCUCGGAGGUGGCCUGUAUUCACUGGAACUUUUGGUUCCAGAGGCACAAGCGGCUGAAGCAGAGACCUGGUCUGAGCUACUAGAACGGAUGGUGAGAUGGCUGAACCAUGCUCAGGAAUCGUUGAACGAAACAAAGUAG